AUGAUCUGCUCAGGCAGGACACUCCUGCUUUCCCUGGCAUCCAUCUCCCUCUGCUUCCACAGGGCUCCAUCACAGGAAGCUAGCCCUGCUGGGCGCGGGAGGCCCUUACUGGAGCGGCUGCAUCGGCUGGAGGCACAGGUCCAGAGGCUUCAGGAGGCCAGUGUGGCCCAGCUCCAGGACAUCGCCCUCAGCAUGGAUGUCCAAUUCCGCAGCCUGAGCCUCCACAGCCAGGCCGCAGUCCAGGCACUCAACCACUCCUGGGCCGCCCUGCACGGUGACCUGGGCCAGCUGAGGGCCUCUCUGAGGAAGAUGCAGCGCAGGGGCCGCCGGGUGGAUGCACGGCUACAGGCCCUGGGUGCCGCCCUGACCCGGGGAAACAGUCAGCAGAUGCAGGAGCGGGAGGCACGGAGGGAGGCCCUGAGUAGCCUGGCGCGGGAUCUGCGGGCCCAGCAGGAUGCACUGGCUCACCUUCUGCGCCUCGUGCAGAGCCAGGGGGCCAGGCUGGCUGCCCUGGAGCUGCCACUGCAGCGGGCAGGGCCCGGCAUGGCUGCCCUGCUGUGGCCAGCACACCCAAAUAGCCCAGAGCCACCACAGGGCAGACAGACACCCGUGGUUCCUCCUGAGCCUGGACACCUGCUCCGGGACUUCACUGCCCGUCUCGAGGACACACAGGCACCCAGGGGCCCUGGCAGCCAGGGGACCAGGGCCCCUGAGAGCCACCAGGAGAACUGCAACAUGGGGCCCGUGCUCACCUUCCCUACUGCCUCCACGGAGAACGCCGUCUUCCUCCAGCCUGGAUUCCAGGCCGGCCUGCGGGCCCUGUCUGUCUGCAGCUGGGUGCGCACAGCCCUGGGCCGCCUGGGCACCCUCCUGUCCUAUGCCACGGAGGACAACGACAACAAGCUGGUGUUGCACGGUCGGGACUCCCUGCGCCCUGGCUCCAUCCACCUGGUCAUAGGGGACCCGGCCUUCCGAGAGCUGCCGCUCCAAUCACUGCUAGAUGGCCACUGGCACCACGUGUGUGUCCUGUGGGCAUCUGUCCUGGGCAGCUACUGGCUCCACGUGGACCGCAGCCUCGUGGCCACUGGCUCUGGCUUCCGCAAGGGCUAUGAGAUCCCAGCCGGGGGCUCCCUGGUGCUUGGCCAGGAGCAGGAUAGGGUGGGGGGUGGCUUCGACAGUGCAGAAUCCUUCGUGGGGAGCCUGGCUGGCCUGGCCAUCUGGGACCGUGUGCUGGUCCCUGGGGAAGUGUCAGAGUUGGCCACUGGAAAGGCGCUCCCUGAGGGCGCCAUCCUCACGCUAGCUAACGCCACACUCGAGGGCGGGGUACGAUGGGCCAGUUGUUCCUGCCUCCCACUCUGUCCCUGAAGCA